AUGGGCGCUUCGCACGCCAUGACAACUUUGAUCAUUAAUGUGGUGCCUCAAUUUACAGUCAAACCACCAAAGAAGAUAGACCUUUAUCAUGGACAGUCAGUUACACUGAACUGCUCCGCAGUCGGAAAUCCAAUUCCGAAAAUAACAUGGUCAAGAUGCAAAGGAGAUAUGCCAGAAGGACGCACACAGGUGAAGGACGGACAGCUUAAGAUAAACAGCCUGACAGCUGAAGACAGUGAUGUUUAUACUUGCUCUGCUCAGAGUGAGACGGUUCGCGUAGAGACUGAAGUACAACUCACUGUGAAAACUGGUAAGCAGAGAUAAUUUUAACGUGACGUUAACAGAGGUUACCUAAUAGAUAUUUCAAAGAUUAGAGGGAAUAGAAGAAUACGUCCUCAUGUUUUAUCAUUUGGUGGCCCAUGAAAAUCGGUCAGGUAGAAAUUUUGAUAGUGGAAAGAAUGCCCAAAGUUUUUUCCUUGUUAUAAAUUGCUUUAAAUCUCUCAGCCCCUUCGUUAGAGGGCGGUAUUCAGCAAACCUCAUUCGCUGAUAUGAAGAAAGCGCCUGUUCGUAAUUUUUUUUAAAAAAAUCCCAUGAGUAGUCAUUGGUGGAUUUUUCGUUCCUUCUCCCCAUUUGCGCGUCUUCGGCCGCUCAUUUUUGAGUUCGCGGUGAAUGGAGUUCUCUUCACCACGUUCACUUUUUCCAGCGGGAUAGAUUGUGUUAGUGGAAGGCACCCUUAAUUUGUCCCUCUAAGGGGACAGUAUUGUUAAAAGCAUAAUUUUUCGUCGAUUUCCACCCUUUUCCUUAAAUAUGUAGCCAAGAUUUCGUGCAAUCGAAAAAUGACUCUAGUAAGUUGGAGUCCUUAAUUCAAUCAUUUUUUUGAGAAUUUUGGAUCAUUUUUCGAAUGUUUUUAAUGUACAAAAAGUAGGGGCGGGGGAUGUUUAAAGUUUUGGAAAAAUUAGAAAAUAUUGGAUUUGGGGGUAAAAAAAAAUUAUAAAAUAACUGAGAUAGUACGCGUGAUCUGAUUGGUCAAAAACCUAUGGUUUAUUAUACCGGUAAACCCAUAGAAAAAAACCGAACAAAAAACAGAACAAGUUACUUACCCAGCCCUUCUUAAUAUCAAAAGCGUUGGUUUCCACAUUUUAUUACUGCCAUAGCUUUAGACGUAAUAAAGUACAAAGCUGGAAAGCAGUUUACAUUUCACGACGAUACCAAAUCGCAGAGAAAGACAACAACUGUGUGAAUUUCUGGUGUAGAAAGUCUCCAGGAAAACUUAACCAUGCACCAACCAGCAACAAAACGGAUAGUUUUAGCAUUCUUGAUUUAUUUUAUGUCAAAAUUAAAUUCCUUAAUGAAAGAAAUUGUUCCAAAAAGAGAUCUCUGAUCAAGAUAUGGUACAAAAUCAGCCGUCGUAGGUUGUAAACAAGCUGCCAACGACGAUUUAAGAUGUCAGAAUUUCGGACUGUUUUUUUCCAACAUUUGUACAAAUUAUUCGGUGAUAUCAAUGCCAUAACCUAACUCAAACCACCUGACUUUACAAAUCGACAAAUAUUAACGCCAAUAUGUGGCUACGGCAAAGAAACCUUUCUCCACCAUUUUUCCCAUCGGUCCCUGUACUGUACCUGCAUAUAAAGUUACAUGCGACAACUUUGCAAAUGCAGCUACGUCGUUACCGCAGCAUUUCUUAACCAUAACAAAGUCCAGAAAACAGAUCUUAAACCACUGCGGUUUGUAAAAUGUGAAUGAAGUCCUCCAUAACCAUAGCUUCCAGUUUCGUCUGUAAGCACGAAAUUCUUACGGAUCGACUCAACAAAAUACACCUGCGUACAGUCAGCUGAUGUUCAAUUAAUUUCUACUUCUGUAGUAAACAAACCAUGAACGUAUUCUUUCAUUGUACGUUCGCAUGAAUAAAUGUUGACUUUUAUGACAUCUUUCAUAAGUUAUCAUGUAAUGAGUGCAAAAACUCGUGUUUUGAAGUGCUGCUGUUUGUUGUUUGACUGAACUGAGUUUAAGAAAGUUCAGCGCUAUUAAAUCGUGAGUCAUGAUUGGCUUAUGAUGACUUUAGAGAGAAGACAUGACUUGAUCACGGUACUAAAACCAUAUUUUUUACCUAAAAGACUCCAUUCUACUAAAAGUUGUUUUAUAAAAGCAAUAGACCACACUUUCUAUGGGUUUACCGGCGUGAUAACCCACUUGGGAUGUUGGGAGAACACUCGAAAAGCUUGUAAAUCGUAAACCCAUAGAAAGUGUGGUCUAUUGCUUAAAUAAGAUAUGAUGUGAAAAAUUAGUAGACAAUUACCAGAUAGUCCACCACCACAACAAGGUCCCUCUGAUCCCAUUAGAGGACUAACUCAUACUGGUUUAUGUGAAUACCUUAUUUUCUAACCUAAUUUAUUUCCCUCCCACGUCAAUAUUUCCCAAUCAAUAUUUAAAAAACCAACAGUAAUGCCCCCUUAAUCGCACUAAGGCCCCCUUUGCAUAGAGAAAAGUUGUCCCGGGAAAGAGUGUCACCCUUCUAGCCGAGUCAACUUUAGUGAGCGUUUAAAAGAGAAAAAAGUUCACCCCUCGGGCAUGCUCUGAUUAUCUAAACGGCGCGCGCAUGCCCUGAUGGCCCAGACCGACUUGACUCGGCGGGGCGAGCCAAAGUGUUUAUAUGAAGAAAAGUUGGCCCAGCUAGGAUGAUGACCCUACAAUCACAAAAGUGUGACCCUGCUAGGCUGUUUCCCCUUGCCGAGCUAACUUUUUGUUUCUCAUGUAAACGAUUCGCCUCGUUUUGUAAGGGAAUGUAUAAAAUUUGGCUCGCCCAGGAUAGCUCCGAAACUCGGACAAUUUUUCUCCCUAUAAAAAGGGGCCUGAGACAAAAAACAUGUUUCUGAAGCAAACCCUGCGUCUGGGAAGAAAAUCACACGUAAGCCUGAUGCUAAAAAUUUCCUUGUAAGCCGAGAUUAGCUUACUGAAAAAAUGUUUUGAUUUCAAUUCGACUUAACUCGUACACAACUGCCUCAGAGGUUACGCAUCAGUAUUUUCAGCUUUAACUACCCAUUGAGGUUCCGCUUAAAAAUGCUGGUCAAGGAAGUCCUAUUCAAAAAAAUGGCACAGUUUCCAUCAACAUUUUAUCUUUCUAAUGAGUUUUGAGCUGCCCCUCACCAUUCCCUCAAUUAAACUGAAGCUCACCCAGAAGCUACCUCACACCCAUGACGAACAAUUCUUGCAAGGACCACUUAGACAAACGGUAGUGAGGGGAAGCCGGAUCUUGGUGUACAUCAGUAUCAGCGAUGUAGGUAACACUCAGAGGUGAAGGCAAGUGUUAAGGCUGAUUGGACAGCUAAAGGAAAUUUAUUUCCCUAUCUUUCCGUCCAUAGUGGUCAAACCAAUCUGCCUUGCCUGAAGUCAGUUUAACGUCUUCGUCCCAUAACCCAACCAACAUUUGCACUGAUUCUUUCAACUCAGGUUGUUAGCACCUAAAAGUGAGGCUCAAUCGAUAUGAUAAGUUAUUUUUUUUAUUAUUAACUUAUUUAUUUAUUUAUUCAUUCAUUUAUUUAUUUAUAGUAACUGACUUAAAAUAAUUGGUUUUAUUAUUUUUUAAUUUUUACAGCCCAAGAUUGUGCCGAGCUGUUGAACGCCGGUUUCAAAGAGAAUGGCGUGUACGCAGUAAACCCAACAAACAAAACCAGUUUUGAGGUGUUCUGUGACAUGAAGACUGAUGGUGGAGGGUGGACAGUCUUUCACAAGCGCUUAAAUGGCUUUGUUGGAUUCUACAGGGGGUGGGAGGAGUACAAAAACGGCUUUGGUGACGUCAGAGGAGAGUUUUGGCUUGGAAACGAGAAGAUUCAUCAACUGACGGAGAUUCCGAGUCAGCUGCGAGUGGAAAUUAAGACAAAAAAUGAUGGCAACAAGUACGCCAAGUACAGUAAUUUUACAGUUACUAACGAGGCGUCUAACUACACGCUGUUUGUUGGGUUUUACUCUGGUACAGCUACGGAUCAACUGGCUUAUCAUAAUGGCAUGGCUUUCACUACAAAGGACCGAGAUAACGACGAAAGUGGUAGUAACUGUGCUGUAAGUUACAAGGGAGCAUGGUGGUACAAAAGCUGUCGUGACUCAAGCCUGAAUUCCAAUUAUGGUGACAAUGACUAUAUUUGGAAUUGGAACCCACUCCUGGCUAGUGAAAUGAAACUGAAACCCGCAAGCUCUAAAUGA